UUGAAAUGCAGCGGGAUUUAGUGAGUUUCCCGCUGUCCCCAGCAGUGCGGGUGAAGCUGGUGUCUGCAGGUUUCCAGACUGCUGAGGAACUCCUAGAGAUGAAACCGUCCGAGCUCAGCAAAGAAGUUGGGAUAUCUAAAGAGGAAGCCUUAGAAACUCUGCAGAUUUUAAGAAGAGAAUGUCUUACAAUUAAACCAAGAUACACUGCUACAGCUGAGUCAGGCAAGAAGUGUACAGCACUGGAACUUCUUGAGCAGGAGCAUACCCAGAGCUUCAUAAUUACCUUCUGUUCAGCACUAGAUAAUAUUCUUGGGGGUGGAAUACCCUUAACCAAAACAACAGAAAUUUGUGGUGUACCGGGUGUUGGAAAAACACAAUUAUGUAUGCAGUUGGCAGUAGAUGUGCAGAUACCAGAAUGUUUUGGAGGAGUGGAAGGUGAAGCAGUUUUUAUUGAUACUGAAGGAAGCUUUAUGGUUGAUAGAGUGGUAGACCUUGCUACUGCCUGCAUUCAGCACCUUCACCUUACAGCAGAAACACAUAUGGGAGGGGAGCACCCAAAAGCUUUGGAGGAUUUCACUCUGGAAAAUAUUCUUUCCCAUAUUUACUAUUUCCGUUGUCGUGACUAUACAGAGCUGUUGGCACAAGUUUAUCUCCUUCCAGACUUCCUUUCAGAACACUCAAAGGUUCGAUUAGUGAUAGUGGAUGGUAUUGCUUUUCCUUUUCGUCAUGACCUAGAUGACCUAGCCCUUCGUACUCGAUUACUAAAUGGCCUAGCCCAGCAAAUGAUCAGCCUUGCAAAUAGCCACAGAUUAGCUGUACUUUUAACUAAUCAGAUGACAACGAAGAUUGAUAGAAAUCAGGCUUUGCUUGUUCCUGCAUUGGGGGAAAGUUGGGGACAUGCUGCUACAAUACGGCUAAUCUUUCAUUGGGACCAAAAGCAAAGGUUGGCAACAUUGUACAAAUCACCAAGCCAGAAGGAAUCUACAGUACUGUUUCAAAUCACACCUCAGGGAUUUAGAGAUGCUGUUGUUGCUACUGCAUCUUCUUUGCAAACAGAAGGUUCACUGAAUUUCCGGAAACGGUCACGAGAAUCAGAAGAAGAACAGGAAUCCAAAGACUAGUCUUAAAGUAUACAUAUGUGUUGAUGCUGUGAGAUGUUAUAUAUACAAGUAGUAGACUCUUUAUUUUAAAAUAUAAACACACACUAUGGCAUAUAUGAAUCAAGAGCAUAUGAAGUGAAUGUGAAAAACACUAAAUGAGUAUGAUUCUCUGAAAUUUUCUAAAGCAGUUCUACAAUUAUAUUUUGCCCUGUUUUCAUUUUUAGUAACAGCAGAGAUGAUACAGGUAUUGUAUUUUUGCAAGUGUGGAGAGCUGAUCUCAUGUAGCCAAUCUGAAUUUAACCAUUCAGAUUGUUUUUUCCUAUUUUCUUUGCUAGUUGCCUAGAAAAUCCUAGGAAGAAAAGGUUUGUUUUUUUUUUUCACAUUCCUAUUGGGUUUUUCCCUUUAAAUGUAGUUUUGAUAAUUCUUAAAAAUGACCUGGUUUUCAGCUAUCUCUUACUUGACAUCAUGGCCGCCCUCAGACCUUUGGUGAACCCCAAUACCAUUAAAAAGAGAAUCAAGAAGUUCAUCCAGCACCAGGCAGACCGAUAUAUCAAAAUUAAGCACAAUGUGGAAACCCAGAGUCAUUGACAAUAGGGUGCACAGAAGAUUCGAGGGCUAGAUUUAGAUGCCCAAAACUGGUUACAGGAGCAACAAGAAAACAAAGCACAUGCUGCCCAGUGGUUUCUCAAGUUCCUGGUCCACAGUGUCAAGGAGCUUGAAGUGCUACUGAUGUGUAGCAAAUCUUACUGUGCGGAGAUUGCUCACAGUAUAUCCUCCAAGAACCACAAAGCCACUGGAAAGAGCAAUCGUGCUGGCCAUCAGAGUUACCAGUCCCGAUGCCAGGCUGCGCAGCCAAGAAAAAGAAUAGACAAUUUAUGUGUAUGUCGUAUUUGUGUUAAUAAAACCAUAAAACUGCAAAAAAAAAGAAAAAGGCUUGUUUUUAGUAUUAUAAAGAAAAGCCAGCACCAUGAGUCAGCAUAUUAUUGUAUUCAGUUUUAAUGGUAGGAUACAAAUUUUAGAUGACCAGUCAGAUUUUAGUGAUCCCAAUCCUAAUUUAGUGACCCUAAUCCCCAAAUCCUAAGCCAUUUGUUUAUUUUUUAUGUUACUUUAUGUUAAGGGAAGGACUUGGAGCUGUUACCCUAUCUAGAAAUUGUCUAGAAUGUUCAUCUUCCAGAAUACUCAAGUCGAUAAACUCACAAUUAUUUAUUUCUACAUUUUGGAAACAUGGUGUGAUCCAUUCUAGAAUUCUAGAUGUAUUGACAUUUUCCUUUGAAUAAUCUUAACACUUGGAAUAAAUUAAAAAUUUGGAUUCUUAAGUAGUUUUAAAAUCAUCUAAAAAUAUUUUGGCACCUGAUUCUUCUUAGUACUUCUCCAUUCAUUCACAAAAUUUAUUGUGGUUUUCAGUGGAGGAAAAUUAUUUAAAUAAUUCAAAAUUAUAUACUGUGACAACCAUAUUCUCCAGAUUUUAGUGAUACUUGGUAUUUCCUGUCCCAGACUGACCAUUAAAUUAAUAAAAUUUUAAAAAUAUAAUUAUUCUGUAAUUGAUUAUAUAUAGAAUAACCGUAGUUUUCCAGGACUUUUUUGAGAAUGAAAUUAGACACUGCUAACCAUUACACCAGGACAGUGGACAUAAAUCAGGACCAUCCCAGGCAAAAUCAGGUAUUUGGUCAUCUAAUUAUAUAAGACUAAUUUCAAAUGACUACUUUAGUGAAGAAUGACUGGUUGUAAUUAUUUUUGAGGUCUUUGAGGCAUAUAUUUUUAUUAUCAAAGCAGGCAUUAUUAAAAAAAUUACCCAUCAUUUUAUAUUCUCUCUGCUCAGAUCAUAAAAUCAUGAGAGUGAGGGGGUUAUAAGUGAUAAAUAUCAGUGUUACUAGGCUUCAGAACUAUAGAAAUCUCAUAAAGCAUCAUAACACUACUUUAAAGAACUAUAGGACCCAGAAUAUAGACAAAGCCAAGUGUAUUUCUUUUUGUUUGCAACUCUUUUUAGGUAAACUAUAUAAAAUAGCGUUUCAGGGCAUCUGGUGGUUCAGUUGGUUAAGCAUCUGCCUUCGGCUCAGGUCAUGAUCCCCGGGUCUCAGGAUCAAUCGGCCUGUGUCCAGCACUCCACUCAGCGGGGAAUCUACCUCUCCCUCUCCCUCUUGUCUCUCCCCUUCCCUCCUACCCUCUCUCAAAUACAUAAAAUCUUUAAAAUAGCCUUUCAAAGUUGUUGCUAUUGCUAAGAAGAUAAUUAUUUUCCUAGUUAUACACUUAAAUCUUAAUCUUCUUGGGCUGCAAUAACAAAAUACCAUAAAUUUAAGCAACAACAUUUUCUCACAGUGUUAGAGACUAGAAGUCCCAGAUCAUUGUGCCAGCAUGGUGUGGUUCCAAUGAAGCUUGUAGACGGCCACCUACUUAUUCCGUGCUCACAAGGCCUUUCCUUGGUGAAUGUGCAUGGAGAGAGAGCUUUCUCUCUUCAUCUUCUUAAAAAGCCACCAGUCCUAUCAGAUUAGGACUUCACCUUUAUGACUUCAUUUAACAUUAAUUACCUUCUAAAAGCCCUAUCUCCAUAUAUAGUCACACUGAAAUUUAGAGCUUCAACAUGAAUUUUGGGAAGAGAAUUCAGUCUGUAGAAAUUCAGGAAAUUUGGGGGCACCUGGCUAGCUCAGUCAGGUGUCUGCAUUCAGCUUG